UUGUCGGCUGAUUGUAAUGUUUGCUUUGUUUGUUUUUUUUAUCCUCAGAGCUCGGUGAAGACCCUGUUUAAGUGCACGUGGCCUGGAUGUGGGAAGACCCUCAGCACGUGUUCCGGCAUCGAGAGACAUGUUCGCUCAGCACAUCUGGGGCCCAAAGAUGAGGGUGAGGAUGGAGACUGCAGUGACCAUGAAGAAGAGUUCUAUUACACCGAGAUCGAGGUCUCGGUCGACACGGUCGCGGACACUUUCGCCAACAUGUGCGCGGCGUCCCCACCCCUCCGUCAGCUCUCCCCACCCCCCGUACACCAGGUGGAGAUGGCUCGACCCCCCCACGAGGACCACAUGUACUUCCAGCUCCCCCCCACCGGAAAAGUGGUACAGGCCGUUAUUACUUCACAGGGUGCAGCUGCUCCGAUGACCAUUCCAGUCCCUCCGGCAAGCGCCUUCGCCUGGCAGCAGAGUAACUCCCUCCCCAGCUCUCCUGUACUGCCCAUGGCUCCUACUCCCAUUUCUCCGCCAUUCCGUCAGCGCUCCAACAGCGCGUCGGCCCGGCAGCAGCAGCACCAGGCCAUGUCCCCGAAGACGGCCGGCAGCGUUCCGUUCCCGCGCAAGAUCCGCAGCGAGGGCAAGAAGUGCCGCAAGGUCUACGGGAUGGAGAACCGCGACCUCUGGUGCACCCAGUGCCGAUGGAAGAAGGCUUGUUCGCGCUUCUUGGACUAGCAGCUAAAAAGUCAGAGUUCCUUAGCCCUGAGUAAUAGGCCAGCUCACGGUUUGGACUGUGCAUGCCCGGG